GCUCUUUUGGUACCAUGUUCUAGUCUUAGCUGUUUCCUCCAAUCAGCUUUACCAAUUAUCAGGGUCACGGCAUAGGCGAUAUGGUAUCUUUUUUUUUCUCCCUUUGCUUUUCGUCCUUUUCAUAUCUUCUUUUCCCCCACUUUCUUUCUUUCUUUCUUUUCUUUUCUCUCUGUUGCCACUUUUUCCCGUUUGUUUCCACUUUUCCCCCGAUUCUUUUCUUCAUCAUGAACGUCUCCUUUCGCCACUUUUUUUUUUUUUUUUUUUUUUUUUUUUUUUUUUUCCUGCCUGAGUGUCACUACUUAUCAUGAAAAUACGAUUUCGCUACUCAAUGGCCUCGUACACGACAUUAUUGAUCCCCAUAACUAU